CGGGGUUUAUGCGUGUUCUAGAAGGCCAGCAUCUUGUUUGUUACAUUGUCGCUGAAACUGACGAGCAGUUACUGUGUCGCGGUUAUAUUGUUUCCAGUUGCUGUUACAUUGUUACCUGACACAGUUACAUUGUAUCAGCGCGGCUCCUCCAUUCUAUUCCGAUGUCUGGGCGAGGUAAGACCGGCGGCAAAGCACGGGCCAAGGCCAAGUCCCGAUCUUCUCGGGCCGGCUUGCAGUUCCCAGUCGGCCGCGUCCACCGCCUGCUGCGGAAAGGCAACUACGCCGAGAGAGUGGGAGCCGGGGCGCCGGUCUACCUGGCCGCCGUCCUCGAGUAUCUCUCAGCUGAGAUCCUGGAGUUGGCCGGCAAUGCGGCCCGGGACAACAAGAAGACCAGGAUCAUUCCCCGCCACCUACAGCUGGCCAUCAGGAACGACGAGGAGCUCAAUAAGCUGCUGGGAGGGGUGACCAUCGCUCAGGGAGGCGUCCUACCCAACAUCCAGGCCGUGCUGUUACCAAAAAAGACCCAGACUUCUAAAAAAUGAGGCAAUGCGGUUUGCUUUGCAAAUGGCUUUGAGCAAUUUCUUUUUUUUCGGCUGGGGGUAUUGGGGGAUGUAAAAAUUGCAACCAAUUCGUCAUGGAUCCGGUCUUUGGUUUCCUUUUUUAUUUUACUAUCACACUAGCCGAUCGCAAGAGUUUUGAGAUCGAGGAACUGUCCGACCGUAAACCGUCGUUAAAAAGACUCAUAGUCAGGAAAAUCCGCUCUUGCUUUGCGGACUCCGCGUGUUGGAUAGCCACUUCUGUGUCUGUGUUUGCCUGUAUGUUCAGUUUCUGAUUGUAAUUUUUGCGGAUUCCGCGGGAAAUGGCUCGGGUCUGUUGUUUAAAUAUACCAAGGCGUUAUGUUGUCGCCGGAGAGAUGGUAUUUUUCUGAUUGUAACUGUGUUGUUUGGUUUUUUUUUUGCUUUGUUUCCAUUCUCCUAAAGCCUUCUCAGUCAAAACGUGACUGAGACCAUGGGUUAGCUAGUGUAUUUUUUUAAGUGAUCUGUAUUAUUGAGAUUAAUUUUUUCCUUUUUUUGGUUUUGUUUCAAUUCGCUAUCCGGCCGAGGAAAUAACUGAUUUUUUCGUUGAACUGUUGAAUAGAUCCUCAUCCCACGGUUUCGGAGAUGUUUGUUGUUAUCUAGCUUUUAGCACUUUAAAUGCAUUCAGUGUUUUUGAACUUUUAUUUGUGUGGG